CCUUUUCACAUAGCCACAAAAACCACAACAAAAGUUGUGGUUAAGAGAAUCCAUAAACAAAAAUGUGAAUUAUACACUGUUUAAUUAUUACUAUUUUCUCGUCAAUGAACGAUCUAGUCAUGGGGGCGGACCAGUUCCUUUUAACCUGGAACAAUCACCGCUCUAAUUUUGCUGAAGUCUUUACGCAGCUUCGAGUCCAAGACCAGCUUGUAGAUGUUACACUACUAUGCGACGGUGGCAGCUACCCCGCCCACCGGCUCGUUCUGGCUGCAUGCUCCCCUUACUUCCACCAAUUAUUUACCCGAUUACCUACCCAACAUCCGCUCAUAUACCUCAGGGACGUCAAACAAGCUGAGCUUGAGGCUCUGCUGGAGUUCAUUUAUCGCGGGGAGGUGAGUGUUGCAAACAGUGAACUAACUGGUCUCAUCAAGAUUGCUGAGAGUCUACGCAUCAAAGGCCUUGGAGAUGUCUCACAACGGGAUCAUCAGACCAGCACAGGAGAAAAGAGAGCAUCUUCCCCCAUUUCUCCAGCAUCCCCUUCACCUCAUAGCCAUAAUCCUCGACCAAAGAAAGUUCCCCGUCUGUCCACUAGUAAUGUAGAGUCUAAGGGCUUAGACACCAACUUUGCAUCACUGUUGUCUCCAGCUAACAGCUACGGUCAUGCCAUAAACAAAUCCAGUAAUAAUAAGAAUAAUGAUGGGUUUGAACAGUUAAUGGAUUCAAGUUGUGCAGACCUUCCUGAACAUGACCUUGAUGGAGACCAGACUCCCAACCCUACUUGGGACCUCUCUCUUUCAGAAUCCAAGUUGCGCUCAUGCCUUGAGGGCCUGGAAUCUGUUACUGCUGCUCAAACACUUGCUCAGUCCGUUGCUCAUACUGUCCCUCAGUCCAUUGCAAUUCCUCGAACUCUCUUUACCUCUACUCCCACUAAAGUUUCAUCAAGUAAAAGGGAUGCUGGAGAAACUAUCAAGGAGGGUAACCGAGGGGCAUCUCGAAGAAAGAAUCAUGAACCCCAAGAAGGCAGGAGAGGUAAAGGCCUCUCAUCAAAUAUUUUGCCAUCAAACAGCCAAGAGAAUGUGAAGGAUGGAAAGCAGAUCCCCAAAGAAAAUAUAAAAUGUGAGUUGGAUGCAGACAGCAAUGCUGCUACCUCAGUAGAGACAGACAAAUGCACAGACCCUUCUCUGCUGCCCAUGUAUGAUACUACCAGUGAACUGGGAGGAACUGUCGGUGAUCUCACCAACCCUCUUCUGGCCAGCUACCGCCAUAUGAUAAGUCUGGUGGCUGAGGAUCGCGCCUUCUCCCCACUCAUCCCAACCACUGUACAGGAACAGCAACAAGUCCCAUCUCCCACCAACAAGGAGUCUCGGAGUCUGACCUGCCAAUUGUGUGGCGCCACCAUCAAGCAUAUAGCAAAUUUCCGACGCCAUAUGAAGCAGCAUCUUAACCCACGACGUUUUCCUUGCCCGUGGUGCUCUGCUGCUUUUGGUCGGAAGGAUAAUCUAAAAACACAUACUAGGAAACAUCACCCGGUGGAGGUUGAGACUCAAGAAGCUGGAAUGUUGCCAAUUGGGGGUAGAAGAGCUGAUAAUGGCGAGAACAUGGAUGAUGGUAAAGGGCUACCCGGUUUGAAUGGCUUAGAAAAUGAAAGUGGUGAAGGCAGGGAUGGGGGUCCUGAUGAAGCCGAUCGAGAAGAGGAUAGGGAUGAUUCAUCUGAUCACAACGAAGGUCUGGUCAUUGCCGAAGACACGGAAGAAGAUGAUGAUGAUGACGACGACUUGCAUUCACAAGCAGAUGAUGGUCAGUAAAGAUUUAACUGUUACACUUUGCAAGAGUUUUUGCAAUAUUACCAUUGAGGAGGUGCACUGCUUGUCACUUACCUCUCUCUAUCGGGAUCACAGACUGGGGGUUAAUUUAUUACCAUCUUCAGCACUCUGUUGAUAAUUAUUUAUUAGAUGUUGGAAGGAGUGCAUUGACUUCUUGCACUUAUGAAAAAGAGGUCCAACACUGCAGAGGUUAUUACCAUAUAUAUAUUUUGAAUGUAGAUGUGUUUUUAUGAAAUAAAUUUUACAGUGCCUAAAUGUAAUGGAGGCAGACCCAAAGUUUGUUUCAAACAAAGAUUUUGUAUCUACAGACAAUAUUUGAAAUGCCUUAAUGUUCAAUGAUAGAAUAAUUGAUGUUAAGAAAUUUUGUAUACAACCAAAUUUUGAAGAAGCCUUGCCUCUUUGCUCAUAUCAGUACAGACUAUAGAUACAUUUUGAGUGUGUUAUUACUAUACAAUGUACUUUUAAUAUUUGAGUGCAUUAAUUGAUAGUAGAUUUGGUACCUAGUGGUGUCUAGUCAGAAGAAACAUGAUUACCAAACUUGUGAGUGUGUGCGAUUGCAUCGUGUGUGUGUGUAUUUGUGUGUUUAUAUGUGUACAAAUGUUACAAUGAAGCUGCAAUAAUAGUCUAGUCUGAAUAUUGCCACACAAACCAAACACUUUACUACGUGAUAACCCCUCACCAUGUGCAGGACUUGCUCACGUGGGUUGACAUGCCAAUGCUCGGUGUGGCUGGUGACAACCUGGUUUAAAUUUGACUUUAAGAUCCCGUAACAAUUUUAUACUCCCUAAUGUUAGUUACUGUCUAGGCCAUUAGGUGUUUUCUUCGAGAUAAUCGAAUUCUAGGUAAAUUGUUGUUGAUAAAUUGGGGAAUUGCAGUAACAUGAUGAAGCAGUAAAAGUGCAUUACCAUAGUUUUUAAAGCUUGGUGCCUGGUAGAGUUGUGUGUGCCCACACUUUGAUUGUUCACAAUCACUCACAUCAUAUUGUUAUUGUCCAACACAUGUGGCUUAUGGCAACUGUUGUGCUUAGUACAUUAUCAGGCUAUCCCUAAUUUACCGUGUAAAGAUGUGGGAUAAUAUGUAAUGUUGAUGAAUAACUUUUUAAGCCUGAGUCAUGUCAGAAGUAGAGUAAGGGUCAUUUGUUAUUCAUGGCCACUGCAAAGUCUGCAAAUAAUUGCAAUUUUCAGGUAUAUAUUUCCACGAGCUUACCUGUUAGGUUAAAUAAACACCAAUUUGACUGUACAUUAUUGGGUUCCUUAGGGUGUUUAUGCUGAACUGACCUCAAGUGUUGUUUGUUAUCCAAUAUAACAACUGUUAGCCUGGCUCUGGAUUACUGUACUAGUUAAUACUUGAAAUCCCACUUAUGGCAUUCCACAACGAAAUCACUGUUUCCUUGUGUCUAAUUAAAUGUUAUGAAAAAUUUGUUGAGAAUACAAAUAUAUAAUGAAAUAUAAUUUGGUGAACAAGGAAAUCAGUGGAAAAGUCAUUUGUAUCGUGACCUUUUCAAGUUUUAUUUUAAUUUAAACUAUCAUUAUUACAGAAACAGCUGUCAAAGUGUUGUAUUAUGUUGUCUAUCAGAAUGUUAUGGAUUGUUCGCCUACCACCUCAUUCUUGCAACUUUUGCUGUAUCAGACUUUUAACAUUUGUAAUUUUUUUUUCUGGAGUAUUUUCUGCUUUCAUGUGUAAUGAAAGAUAAGGUACCUAAUUGGUCAAUAUUGAAGACAAAUCAUUGCUUUAACAGUUCCAAAUUGUAUCAUCUGAGCAGUUUGAUUUUUUCUAUGGAAUACUGUACUGACAUGGUAGAAUUGUAGAAUUGAAUAAUGAAGACAAUCAGUUUGAACCAAAACAAUGGCUUAUGUAAAUAACUAGCCACCAUCCCCCCCCCCAAGUUUAAGAUGCGUUACUUCAAAUGUAUCUUUUACUUUUCAUUGUUGUCUGCUGAACCAUGUACACACUGUCAAAGAUGAUUUAAUUUUGGAAUAAACACGUGUAUAGAUUGUUCUAACAUUGUAAGUCGCGUAAGUGUUGGGAGGGGAGGGAUUUGUCUGUUCAUUUUCUACACCAUAAUGUAUUUUAAGACCAAGAUGAUAUUUUAACCAAUGUGCCCUCUAAAUGUGCCCUCUAAAUGUUGCUCACACCCAAUUGAUCUUUGUUACUCGUGUUUGUGCAGCAGGUCAGUUUAAACUCGAUACGGCACACUGUAACGCAUCUGAACACCUGUGCCCACCACAUAUAUUAUAUAUAUACAGUAUAUAAUAAAUAUAUAUAUUUAUAUAAUAAAAUGUGUGUGCGAUAUGCAUAACCUUUUCAAAACACUUCGGUGAACAUCUUGUCAGAACAGUCCUUCAGGAAUUGUAUUAUUUUCAGAGUUAUUCUUACUAAAGUUAAAAUAAUUGUUAUGUUCUUGCAACAAGGAAAGGAAGGUAGCUAGGCAGGGAAAUAUUUUCUUUAUCAGGAUCUGGAGUCUAGUCAGGUGCUGGAUCAGUUGUAGUAAGUGGCAGCUGAAGUAAGGUAUAACGAAUGGACAAAUGCAAUGACACUAGAGCCAUUCUUGUCAAGAACAGUAGUACAGUAUAAUGCAGUGUUUGUCAAGUAUAGUACAGUAUAAUACAGUAUUUGUCAAGUACAGUGCAAUAUAAUGCACUGCUUGUCAAGUACAGUACAGCUGUUAUAAAAAUGAGAAUAUAUACCUGGAGGAGACUUGAGAGUUUGGUAGUGGAAUGUAAAGCACGAGGUAGAAUCAAGAUGCGAUUAAAUAGACUUUGAGAUACUGUACCUUUUCCAGAGUGUGUUAGCAAGGAUAUAAUAAGAGAGCCAGCCCUGAGAAACUGCACCACAUGGCAUGCAAGUUUAAGCUUAUCAUUCAUCCCUCAGUGGGAUUUGUUUCAAACAUGCAAGAUUAUGUAAUAUGUUUAACUACCAUAUUUUUCUUGCUGUUUAUCUCCGAGAUGCCAAGGGGGAGUAGAGCUAUUUUUAUAUGGCAGAUGAAAAUUGGAAGAUUUUAAUUAAGUUAAAUGUUUAGUUUAAUCAAAUUUGUAUUCUUAGUGAUUGCUUGACUUAGGUUAAUGUUAGAUAUGACUGCAUUGCAAAUUAAAUGAACUCUUAUAUUAGUCACAAAGAAAAAUCAUUUCUAUAUUUUAAGAUUACAAAACAGUCCAGUAAUUAAUAACAGCAGUGUUCUCACAAAUAAUAGGGCAAUCACCCUUCCCUCCCUUAAUCUGGUAGGUACACAUGCUGCUCUAAAUGUCAUCUCUUUAAACUUGUAAUAUCAGAUAUAACAGAAUGUGUACAAGGUAUAAAGAAAAUCAACAUUAUCUUUAGAUCUAGCUUAUAAUGGUUAUAGAGAGUGAAGGAUUGUGUAAGCAAGAGGUUGAAACAUUGUGAGAAAAGAUGUUCACUAGAAUUUGGUAUUUUGAGAAGGCUGUGCAAUGAGCGUUUCAUUUUGGUUGAAUAUUUAACUUAACUGAUAGAUUUUAAUUUAUAUGUGUGAGGGGCCAUUGUGAUUGUGAUGAUUGUGUGUGGUAGACCAGCUAUGUGAGAAGGUCAAACAGCUGUCAGAACACACAUUGAGGAGCCUUCCCCAAGUGAAGGUUAUAAUCGGCAUUUGUAGAAGAGUUCGUGGUGAGUUGCUAAUUACAGUAACUUAAAUUGUGGUACGGUGCACCAAAUUCCAUGGGUCACUUUAUUGAUCAUAUGCCAGGUGAAUGAAUUAUAUGGUUAUGCCUUAAGAUAUUACUUGGUUUAUCUUUUGAAACUUUUCUACCCAGAUUAAAUGUAAGAUGGCAAAAUAAUGUACUUAAUUAGCUAAGGUAAUGCACGUAUGUAGUUAUCAAAUGAUGUGUUAACAUCUUUAAAUGACAUUUGUACCAAGCUGAUAUAUGUUCUUACAGGUUUUAGUGCUGAGCUGAGCCAAUGGUUACUGUUAGUGCCUAUUGACUGUAGAGCAAACUCGGCAUGUUGAUGAUGUGGGUGCACUCGUAUCCCCCUUGAUUGCUGCUUACCACAGCCUAACUAUGGUAAUUCACAACCUCAUUGCAAGUGAAGCCUAAAAAGAAUCCCAUUACUUGAGCAGUUAGCAGUUCAGAACUGUGAAUAGCAUUACAGUGCAGUACUGUGAACAGCAGUGCAGAACUGUAAAGAGUUCUGUAGUACUGAAAAUAGCAGUGCAGUUCCUUAAAUAUUUUGUGCUCUUUUUCUUCUUCCCCGAUUUUUAUACUCGUCUCUUUGAGUUUAAAUCAUCAGACAUUGAAUUUUCAAUGUUGUUUCAUGGCCCAAUCAGUAAAUUCAGAAUUAUUAUAUAUUAAUUAAAUUUGAAUUACAGUAUUGAAAAGUACUACCAUUACAACAAAGUAGAAUUUUAAUCACUUCUACUUAUAGGCCAAAAAUAUAAGAUUUGCAUCAAUAUCUAUUCUAGUCACAAACUUAUGAUGUUCAUUGAGGAUUACUGUGAAGCAGUCAAAACCUAAGAGUUGGAUACCAUGACAUUACAAAGUGUGUAUUGUGAAUACCACUGGAAAGAAGGCAGCUCUUAGAAAAAUGAGAUAAUAUGUAUGGAUUGCACAUGAUUUUUAAGGGUGCAUUUACAUCAUCAGUAUUAGAACUGUUUAACACCAAUUCACAUCUUUGUGGUGAUGAUAAUUAUAUUCCCAUAGAUGAUGAAAUGAAUAAGUGAAGAAUUCUGUCUUGAAUGGCUAUGAAGGAAUUAAGUUUGCUACUAAUAAUGAAGAAUGGCGUUUGUUGACAAGUUGCUAGUCAGGAUACCAGUUUUGUUACUAACACCAGAGAAUAGUAUUUAUGAAAACCUAGUCAAGGUAUAGGGUUACAUGUAUUACUAACACCAGAGUAAUGUUUUAUUUUAGAAGGGAAACUUAUUACUAAUACCAGAGUUUUGUGUGUUCCAUGUUCCUAGGAAGAGUGUUAGUACUAAUGCCAGAGAAUUGAACCUGUUCCUAGGGAGAUGUGAACAAAAUGACAAUCACAGAAGAAAAUACAUCAGCAUCGCCACCUGGACAGUGUAUGCACCCAACUUAGUGACAGUGUCACAAUUUAUCAUGCCACGUUAAAUAAAAAGAAUACCUUAGGCAACCUUGUGAUUAGUGACUAGUCAUGAAAUAAGUUUAUUACUAAUACCAGAGAAUGAUGUUUAGUCCUAGGGAGAUGUAGUUGUGUGGUUAAACUAACAUCAGGUUUGUAAUCUAGUCUCGUGUAAGAGGAAAUACUAACACAACUAACCCUCGGUCUUACCUCCAAUAUUAAAUAACUUGUGGCCCCACCCCAAGUAACUUAAGAGAACAGUAGUUGACCAAUGUAGCCGUCUGUAUCAUGAUGGCUCAUUUCCUCUAGGAUCAUCCCUUAAUCUUAGACCAACAUUUUUCCUAUUUGGGUGAAUUCUGCUUUUUGAGAAUUUCAACACCAAUUUCUUAACAUAGAACGUUUGGGUUAGUAUAUUUCAUUCUUGUGGGGGCCUUAAUGCUGAAUUAAGAGUAAUCAUCAUCAAUUAAUUUUGGAUUGUGUGGUUCUCAUCUUUGUGGUAACGUAGGUAGCUCAAGUCCCUUUAGGGAUUUUCUUUCUUAUAGUGCAAACCAUAAAUGAUGUUAACUGUUGGCAACUAAGGACAUGAUGCGAAAGUGAUUUUGUAGAGUCAUUUGACAAUGUCCUAAAUACAUCACUAUUUUUAUUCAUGUUUAAAGAAGUACCCAUUAAUAUAGUUUUUGAAGCAGUUUGAAGAGUCAGUACUAGGUGACAUCUUUAAUAAUUGUAUACCUAUCUUUCUGGGUAUUACUCCUUAUGAAGAAUAUUUGCUUUCUUUCUUUCAAACAAAAUACGUAAUACACACCCAUCCACCUCUUGAGAUUAUACACACACACACACACACACACACACACACAUACAUACAUACAUACAGUUGAGAGGCGGGACCAAAGAGUCAGAGCUCAACCCCCGCAAGCACAAAUAGACGAGUACUUACAUACAUGCAUACACACACACACACACUACAAAAUAUUUUUCCACUAUCCUGUCCCCUUCCCUUGUCUGUCAUUCUCAGACACAGAUUUACAAUACUGUACAUAAAUACAGUAUACAGCAAAUAUAUAUCAUAAUGUAGUUAAAGCAUACCUCAGAGAGGAUGUAGACAAUUUUUAAGAAUGCCAUCAUAGAGUGUAAGGAAGUAUCAGUGUUGUAUUAGUUGGAACACAUGCUCUAUUAUGACUGGUGUUGCAUUCCAUUUGUUUGUGAGACACAAAGCUUGACUUCGUGCAUCCUUGACUGUCCACACUGUAAUUGCAGGAAGGAACUGCUCAAGCAGAAAUGGCAAUUGCACUUACUAUCUGUGAUUUGCUGUUGGAUAUUUACAUUCAUGAACAAGGGGCCAUAUACUGUGUGUAUAUAUAUACAGUAUAUAUAUAUAUAUAUAUAUACUGUAUAUAUAUAUCAGUACAGUAUAUGAAAAUUGAACCUUUUGGAAUCAUUUCUCAUCAGACAGAAUAAAAGUGAGUCCGCCAUUUUUACUGAUAAAUAGUAAGACCUAGUUAAAGUAGCUGCAGCAUCUGCGGACUUGGAAGAGACAAAACGUGUGUUUCAACUUCAGGAUAUGCAAGCAUUUUCAAGAUGCAGCCUGUUUUCCUUUUUUUUAUGUAGAUAUAAUAGAUGUUUGUGGUGUUUUCUUCUAAUACCUGCAGCUCGUGAUGUGCCUUACUUACAUUAUUAGGUCCUUAGCCGAGUAGGAGCUGCUGGGUUUACAAAUGUGACCUGCAAUUUUCAGCCUUAGAUGGGAUACCCAUAAGGAUCCUUUUCCAUUGUGUAUUGAUAGUGUGAGGCACAAGUGGUCUUUUGGCUGUAUAUUAUAGUUUUGAGUCAGAGUGUGGUAUUUUUCCAAAGACUUCCUGACUAUAAUGAUGAUAACUUUUUUCUUUAAAUACCGUAAUUACUGGAAUUUUUUUUUGCACUUUAGUGUUUAAAAGAAAACAAGCAAAUAAUAAUAAUACAGGUGGUAAUAAUAAUAAAUAAUAAAUAAAAUUAUAAUCUAAAAAUAAUAGCCAUGUAAUGGAACUGGAAUAUAAUUGCAAGUUAUUAUUGGACUGCACUCAAGAAUAAUUGUGCUCGUAUAUUUGAGCUUAUUUAGAAAGACCCUCGUGACUUGUUUUCAUUAUUGUUGAGAAAUACAAACAUGGCAUUUCUAAGCUUAUUGCAAGAAUUGCAACAAUACAGUUUUGUGUGUCAGAAAGAAUUUACCAUGUUUGUAGGAUGAGCUUACGGGAAUGACGAGGUGAACAUAAUAAAAUUUAUUGUACCAUGUAACGAGACUGUACAAAGCAAGAGCAACCAGACUUCUAUAUGCUCAUGCUUGUUACCAAGGAAGGUGUACAGGGAUACAUUAUUGUAACCUUAUUCUGCUCAGUAAUUUGUAGUAGUAAUUGUGGAAGUUGAAUUAAGUGAAUCAAUCAUUGUUUCAGUUUCCCAGUACAUAGCUACCUGACUGCCCCAUAAAUGCCCGACUGUAGAAUUUACCUCUACGAAUAAUUACAUUUAUUUUUAAAUUGCAUUACAAUAAAGCUUUAAAUAGGGGUACUGUAUGUAUUUGUAAGUCAUUUACAUACUGUAACUUUGCUCAUGAAAUCUUUUCUUUUUUGUUUAUUUUGUUUAUUACUAUUCACUGAAUCUGUGAAUAAUAAAACCAUUUUCAUCAUCAUUUGUAUUGUUAAAUUGACAUCAAGUGAACACACUCAUGUUUUUUCUUGACUAUUUCCUGUGGCUUUUAAACAAGUUCAUAAAAUAAUAAUAACAAAACAUAUUCUUAAUGUAAUCUUAAAGACAGGAUGUGCAAGAGUAAAUUAUUUCUUCAGUCAGUUGUAACUUGUUCCUACAAUGUAGUCCUCUCUCUGUCCUUCUUAGACUACCAUAGGUUCCACCAUAAUGUACUGAGUUGAUAUCAAAUAGGACAAGUGGGUAUUUUGCUCAGUGUUUUGAUUAGUCCAAGAUAUUGUUCACUUAUUUGGGAUUGUUGGGGUAUAUGUGUGCAUGUGUUGGGGGUACAUGCAUGCAUGUGUGUGUGUGUGUGUGCAUGUACUGUAGUAGAGUUGUGAUUUUAGUUUGUAUUUAAUUUGAUUGUAGGGUACAAAUAUUAUGGGUUAUCAUGUCUUGUGCUUACUUAUGUUUGGUUAAGCAUUGGCUGGAGUUAUACAAGGUGGUGUUUUACAAUGGAGAUGGGAUAUGUAUGAAUAUGUUGCAGUUUUUUCUGCAAAUGAUUCACUUUUUCCAAGUUGCUCCCAAUCAUUUUAAGAAAAAUCCUUUAAUUAUAUAUGUAUAUAUAUAUAUAUUUUAUAUAUUUACACAUUUCUUUAUUAUUAUGAGUUUAUGACAAUUCAGUAAAGCAUCUUGGAAAAAAUAACAAGAUCUCUUGAUUAAAAAAGCAUGUUGAAGGAUUGCCAUGCUUGCAGAAAUAAUAUUUAUGUUGCUUUACACAAUUAAUCAGAAUUCUGAUCAUCCAGGACAUGAAUACCGGUGUGUGUAUAUAAAGUAUUAAUGAUUUUUGUCAAAUGAUUGUCCUGUCAAAUAAAAAUGUUAUUGUGCUUAUCACAGAAGUUCAUUACAUUUCAUUAUAUGAUCUCAUGGGUAAUAUUUUUCAUAGGCCUAAUUAUGCUCUGGAUAAUCAAGUUUCUUUUUAACUGAAUAUUUGGUAGUCAAAGGUAUGGUUAACAGGGUCCUGUAUGUAGAUAUUUUGAUGAUGUAAGAAGUGUCCAAGAGCUUACAUGUCAGACCAGGUGGCUCUGUUGUAUACAAUGCCAGAGUGGCUAUGGUUUUCACUGUAUUGCUGUGGUAGACUUCUUGCCAAGUUUUUCACAAAUGCAACAUUGUAUGUUUUUGCAAUCCUUUGACAAAUAAAUUUGCAAGUAAAUAACACCUCUCUGCACGUAACAAGAAGUGAGACCUUACUAAAGAGCCACAGAUGGCUUAUACCGGUACCUACUGUUCGUGCCACAUUUCUUCCGCCUUCUCCAAUGGCACUGCCUCAACAGUGCCAUUUGUGUGACCCACUUUAUAUUCAGAGGCUGUUUAAUGUAUUUCACUAGUCAGGAUGUAUUUAAUGUAUCUUUUAUAUUAUAAUAAAAGUGUGAUGUGUGGA